AUGGUUUGGGCCAUAGCUCUACACGGCGGCACCAGCGACAUCCCCCUUUCGCUACCAUCGGAGCGCUGUCAGCCACGAAAGGAAGCCCUCCACCAUUGCCUCCAAAUCGGCAUCGAAGCUCUCAAAGCCAAAUUGCCUCCUCUCGACGUGGUUAAGCGCGUCGUAUGUAUCAUAUCAAUCAUCGUCACAGGUACGUAUUAUGUAUUUAUGUAUGGUGAUGGAGAAGAUGCUCGAUUAGUCAUGGAGAAGACGCCUCACAUUUAUCUCGCUUUCGAUGGAGCUGAGGAAUUUGCAAGACAACAAGAAGUGCUGUGGUGA